UUCAGCCGCUUGCUAACCCGGAACUGAGCGCGGCCCAGAAUGGCGGAUUUAGCCGCAGUCAGGAGCCAAGUGGUUCUGGUCGUGUACAACCUGGCCCAAACCCUGCUGAGGGAGGCGGUCCGUGUAAGCAGCCAGACGCCCCGGUCAGAGGAGGAACUGGGAGUGGCAGUGGACAGGCUGUGUCUGGAAGCUGUGGAUCGAAUCCUGAAGAUCCUGGAAACCAGCAUGACGAGGCAGGAAGAGGCUCCGCCCACACCGGCUGACACCUGUGGAGGCUUAAUGAAGACCCAGACAGGUGGAGGUGAACAGGAGUCUGGCCCAGGCCACGCCCACUUCCUGCUGUGCAGAGUCAGUGACGGACCGGCUGCAGAGCAAACGCUGACCAUGUUUCCAUUUCUGAGCGCUGAGGGUGACAGCAGAAGCAGCGCCUCUGAUGUCACAGGUGAGGAGUUGCAGGUGCGCCCCGCCUCUUCCUCCCCUCUGACCUACGACCAUGACUACGCCCGGCCCCCAGCGCCACCUGACGGUGGGGCCAAACGCUGCAGGCGGAGGCCGGCGGAGGCCAGGGCGAGCCAGGAGCUUCACCUGCAGUGCUGGCGCUGCAGCAGGCUGUUCCCCAGCGCCGAGCGGCUGGCCGACCACCACAGGAAGUCCCAUCCGCUGUGCUCGGUGUGCGGCGCGGCGUUCGGCGGCGUCCUGAAGCUCCGGGAACACCAGGUGAAGGAGCACGGCCUCCUGCAGUUCAGCUGCGGCUUCUGCCCCAAGAGCUUCAACCACAAGACGCACCGAGACCUGCACGUCAAGGCGCGCCACACCGGCGAGAAGAGCUGCCGCUGCGACAUCUGCGGGAAGGGCUACUCCUGCGUCAGCGCGCUGAAGACGCACCGGGUGACGCAUUUCAGCAAGACCUUUAUGUGCGAGGUCUGCGGAAAAGCCUUCUACCACGCCGCCCACCUGACGCGACACACGCUGGUCCACCAGGAGCCGCGCCCGUUCGGCUGCUCCACCUGCGGGCGCCGCUUCACGCAGGCCGCCAACCUGCGCAGCCACCAGGCCACGCACGCCGGAGAGAAGCAGCUCUGCUCCGUCUGCGGCAAGAGCUUCCGCUGCCUGAGGAACCACAUGAUCAGCCGGCACGCCCAGGAGCCGGCGGCGGCCGUCACCUGCCAGGUCUGCGGGAAGAAGUUCCCCAACCCGUCGCAGCAGCGGGCGCACCAGCGCAGCCACACGGGGGACAAGCCGUUCCACUGCGACGUGUGUGGGAGGAGCUACCGGCUGAAGGAGCUGCUGCGGGACCAGAAGCCCUCCUGCUGCUCCGCCUGCCCCCAGACCUCCAGCUUCCUGCGGCUGCGCAGCUUCCUCCAUGCUCACCUGCAGACCAAAGCUUACCUGAGGCGGAUGCAGCAGAGCCAGAACGCCGAGCCGCCGUUUUAAUCCCAGAUUAGCAGCUGAGACUGAAGAUCUGAUGAAGGCGCAAAGCUGGACGGUUCGGUUCUGUUUGACUUUAAUCCGUCUUUAACCAGAAACAUAGAGCAGGUCAGAUUGUCCUGUCUUGGAAUAAAGUCACAGUUACAGAGCGAACGGUGACGCCCUGGGCGCGAAGCCCUGAGAGACUCCAGCUGGACGUGUUUCCGACCCGGUCCAGAGCCGCUGUUAAUCCCAUCUGCCGGUUCUGCACCGGUUCCGGUUCCUCUGAAGCAGAGGACUGGUUUGACUGGUUUCCAGUUGAGCAGCUUGAGGGAGUCCAGUAAAUCCAGAUGAUGAUGUGUAAUCCAGCAGACCUGCGGUCAGAUUAACGGACGUGUCCAGGCGAUAAUCCCACGGCGGUUCUGAUGAUAAUCUGCGGUUUGUUUAUGUUCCAGAUGCUAAUCAGGAACACAACAUGUUUGUUUCAUCAUUAUUAUGAUCAUGUGACAAUCAGCCGAUCAGAUUAUCGGCUUCCAGGAUCCGUCAGACACACCAGAGGUCAGAGGUCAUUCUUCCUCCAUUUUAUUCAGUUAUUAAAUCAAAAUCAACAAAUGGAGAUUUUUCAGCAGCAACUUUACUAGCAGCCCCAUAGAGGUGUUGUCAUAGCAACCUCUGGGUCAUAACCCCACUCGUAAAAACCUGUUACUUUGACUAGGACCAGGUUUCUUUCCUUCCUUCUGCUCCAAAUGAUUUGAUUAUCCAGACAGAAACAGCAGAUCUAUGACCUGUAGAUCUAUAGCCAAUAUUAGUGUCAUUGAUUAUAGAUAUGAUAUGGAUGUAUUUAUCUAUAAUCAAUAAUAAUCCACUAAAAUGGUUCCAUUCUUCAUAAUUUUGCAACACAUUAAAAAUCCGGAACCAAACCGGAACCACCGGCUCACGUUUGGAUCCAGAUCCGGUUCUGCUUCCAGUUUCUGUUCCCGCCCUGACCAGAACCGGAGCCACUCGCCCCGCCCCCCCACCGGGACCAGUACCGGCUCUCUGUCACCGAACCGGGCCCGGUUCUGGUGCGCCGCAGCCGCCGACAGGCUCCACUGGGCCGAACCGUUCCAGCGCGUCCAGGACUGCGAUCCAGGCCCGGAUCUGCUGGUUCCUGGCGGGAAGCUGAACGUGUCCGGUGAGUUCUGAACCGAACCGAGGGGACAGAGGUUCGGUCCGGUUUCUGGAUCACAUGCUGUCGGUUCGGAUCAGGAUCAGAUCAAACCGAACGUGUGUGGAUCAGUCGGUUCCGUUCUGACACAAACGGUAGAAACGUUGAGGUUCGGUUCGGACUGGUUUAUUAAUAAGGUGGCAGGGAACCGGAACCAGAACCAUGAAUGGACCAGAGCAGCAGAAUGUUAUAGACGUCCUGCUGUGGAUUUGGACCGAACAGAACCAGAAGAGUCCCAACCUGUGGGGAGCGGGCCUAGCAGAGGCCGGCAGGUGGAGAUGAGACCGGUUCUGAUCCGCAGUCACAUUAGGUUCUGAUGUGACUCUGGUUCCCGUCAUGGAGGACAGGUUCUGGUUCUCCAGGACUGGUCCAGUCCAGUCCAGACCUCUGGUGGUUCUGGACCAGGACCCGGUACCAGGUCCAGAUGUUAGUCAGAUUUUCAUCCUCUGCCUUGUUUGUGUGUCGGAUUAUAAUCCAAUUAUAAUCCAAUAACGGCGGCGGGAUGAUUGGUUCCCAUCAGGUCCGAUACGGGAUCAGCUCUCCAUUACAUAAACGGGUUCUACGGCGCCGCUGCGUGCCGCUCCGGCCCGGCCCGGCCCACUCUGCCUCUAAAUCCACUUCAGGAUUAAUGUUCAAUCAGAGUUUCCCGCCGGGUCGGGACGAUGAUCCGUUCGGCGCCACGGCGGCUCACACUGGGGAGGGGAUCUGAUUGGACCGGAGGACCAUCUGAAGCUCUCUAGGAGGGAAGCUGAUGUUCUCCAGAACCUUCAGAACCGGUCUAGUUCCUCAGGCUCUUUUAACUCUGUUUCCAUGGUAACAACACCAGGCCUUCAGCUAGCGUAGCGAAGCCGGGUCCUGGAGGGCCGAGGUUCUCCUGGAGGGAGCCGUUCCCUCCUGAUCAGGGUUCUGCUGGCCCGGUUCCAUCUCUGUCGCAGUGAACUGCCUGGACGCUCUUCCGGACCGGGUGGUUCUGAUAUGGGAACGGGACGAACCCGGCACCGAGGUGAAGGUCUCCUACAGGUACGACGCCACACGCGCCUGCUGACUGCUGCGGCGACGGAGACUCCGUGUCCAGGAUGCAUCUUCGUCCUCAGAGCUUUUCUCAUCUCCAGAGAAAAUCUCCACCAGUCUAGAAGAUCUCUAAUCUGAAAUGUUUCAGACCCAAAGAUUGUUUUGGUGGUAAAUCUCACCAUUGUCUGCAUAGAGCAGCAGGACAACAUCUAGAUCUGCACCCAGAACCAAAACAAAGACAGACACCGACUAAAACAAACCGUCUAACUCCCUACAGUACAACAGGAAGUGGUUUUCUGGUCCUGCUUCCUGGUUAACUUUCUAUAAUUCAGAUGUGGUUCAGUGAGGUUCCCCUACACUGAGGAACUGUUCUUCUCUGUGAUCCUGACGGACCUCAGAGACCCAGUCCGACUGAGGUUUUAUCCAGAGUUUAAAACUGACAUGGGGUCCAACACGACCUUCAGAACAUUUCUCCCUGCCUCGUCUGGGUCACGUCUGGCUUAAAUGAGCUCCAGGUCUGAUUUACCGGCUUGGUGAAGCAGCUGCUAGCGCUAGCAGACCCUGAUGGAUGAUGAUUGGUCCAAAAACAGAAGUAAAAUUGUAUAGUGUCAGUUCUCAGGUUUCAGGAACUUGAGGAGUUUUAAUUGCUAACUUCAUCCUCACUUCCAGCUAACUUUAUGCUACCUUCUGGCUAAUUUAUGCUAACUUCUUGCUAACUUGCUGCUCAAUUCAUAAUAACUUCCUGCCAACUGUAUGCUAACAUUAGGCUAACGUUCUAAUAUUUUUUCCUAACACCUUGCUAACUUUAUGCUAACUUCCUACUAAAUUUAUGUUAACUCAAAGUUAGCAUGAAUUGAAUUGAUGCUCAAUUCAUUCUUAAUCCCUGCUAAUUUUCUACUAAAAUGAUGCUAAAUUCAUCCUAAUUUACUGCUAGAUUAAUGCUAACCUACCUGGACGUAUAUAACAAUCAGAACAUGGCCGCCAGUGGACUCAGAUUUAAUCUUUGUAAGGAGUGCAGAAGACAAAGUUCUGUUUUAAGGAAUAUUUAGAACCAGAACAUUUCAGACUCUGACCUUUGGUCAGUGUGAGGAGGUGAGCAGGUUGCUGCUGAGGAACAUUUCUGUUGUGGCAGCAGAACCUCAGAGCGCGACACACUGAUAACGGCGAUGAGCCCAGAAGCUCAGAGAUCCUGCAGGGUGAUGAGAUGUUACUGAGUGACAACAACCUGAAACCAUAAAACCAACUCAAAAUGAGACUCAACGAGCUGAACGCGCCCAGAAACAAACCGGGUCAGGUCAGAACAUUUUCUACCACAGCUGGAUGGCUAUAGAACAAGGUUUCAGAACCAAGAGACCAAAUCAAGCAGAGCUGAUCCGGUUGGUACCAGAAUCUGAUCCCAGGUGUCAGAACAGGAACGUUGUCUCUGCUUAGUGAACAAACUGAUGAUCCCGAUAGCUUUACAGCAUCUUCCAGGUCCAAAGGUUCCUUCUAAACCCAACUGCCUGAAAACAAACAGAACCUUCAGAGAAAUCUGGAUGUUCAUUAAUGAGUCUUUCUUCACUCCUGAUCCGACCAGAAACUGAUCCAAUCACCUUCUUCCUGUCCAACUACAUCUUUAGGUUCUUCAGCUGUUAGCCACAGUUUUCUGUCUCUAAAUACUGGACUUGGUUCCACAGCAGAUCUUCAUCAGAGCUGCCGCCAGGUGGGACCUGACAUCAAUCGGCUGAAAUUCUGUCCAAUAACAAAAGAACCGAAAGACAGUUUGAUCUUUACCGUCUUAACUUUGACCCUCAGUCAAAAGGUAGCGGUGUCAUUAUGACGGUUCAGGAGGUCUGAAUGUUCUCUGGUCACUUUUACUCCAGGUUUCCAGAUAAGAGUGUUCAGAUGUUGUCAGAACCCAGAGAACGUUCCUCGGGACGUUCUGUCUCAGUGCAGGGCCGUGAUCACCUGUAACCAAGCUGUGAGGGGAAGCCGAGUCAAUGAGCUCAAGCCACUGUGGACCUGUCCAUCUGUCCUACAUGUCUUCAAUGGGAAAGACGGACAUCCCUCUGGAAGAGGUGAGACACCUGAUCGGAAGGUCCAUACCAGUCAAAAAUGACCAACACACCCAGUCCAUACCUGACCAGUCCAUCAAAACCAAGUGUAAACUUCCUCUGCUGUCUUCAGGUGAUGCCCUCUCAGCCUGGUGUCUGUCCAGCAGAACCUCUGGACAGCGAGGACGUCCUCUUCCUGCUCUACACGUCAGGCAGCACAGGGAAACCUAAAGGCAUCGUCCAACCUUGCGGGUUACCUGCUGUUCGCCUCCAUCACUCACCAGAUACGCCGCCGGUCUUUGAACCUAACCGCGGUGGAGAACUCCUGGUUCCUCAUGGUGCUAGAACAUUAUGACCUCAUCGGGAUUCUGACCCGAUCAUAUCGGGCCAAGGCCACUGGCUAGUUGGGUCCUCCAGUCGUUGGGUUCUUCUGGUACCAGUGGUUUUGACCAAAGAGAAGCUGAGUGCCACCAGGAGUCCUGGUUCCCCAUCAUCGGAUCUCUAUGCAACAUUUCUGUUGCAUAGAGACGUCGGUCACUCGACAAGACGAGUAGAGGAAAUACGAUUAAAUAACAAAAGAAGAUGGUAACGCAAAAAUGAUUUUGAUAAGUAACUGUAGUCUGACUACUGGAUUUGAAAUAGCAACGCGUUAGAUUACUCGUUACUGAAAAAAGUGGUCCGACGUCAGUAACGCGUUACAAAUUAACACGUUACUGACGUCACUGCUGCUAGGAACCGGUUCUGGGGUUUGACACCAAACACACCAGGCGCAGACAUUCUGAGCCAAGAUUUAAAUUCUGGACCAGGAACUUCAGAUCCAGUUUCCGGGUCAGAAUGUUCUGGUUGUUUCUUAGUUACCUCAUCAUCAGCAGAACCACGUGUCUGAACGCAGGACGGAACCGCUAAUCUAGUCUAGCGGACAUAAAGUCAUCACAUCACUUCCUGGCAGCUGGAGACCAGGAAGUGAUGUCACCACCACCUGGAUAUCACUAGGAAGUGAUGUCAUGACUACCUCUGGCCCAGGAUUGGUCGGUGUUGAUGCUCCAUAUCUGGUUGUCCACAGUGGGGGAACCCUGGCACUGGUUCCUCUGGGACGCUGCCCCCUGGUGGACACCUGGUGAGACACCUUCCUCCCAGUUCUCCCAGUUCCUAACCCAAAGCUGGAGAAUCUCCCAGAGGAACCUUCCUGCUGUCUGUGGAGGUCAGAGGUCAUGGAGGUCCGUUAGUUCCUCCCACAUCUGGUUCUGGUUCUGGAAGCUGACCCGACGUUAAGUCCUGUUGAUUUUCUCUUUGCUGAAGUUUAAACCCUAAUUGGAACGAUCAGCAGCAGAACAUCUGCAGCUCAGCGGACAAUUAACAACCAGCCCCCUGACCUCUGACCCCCCGCCCCCCUCCUUCACCCCUCUCCGCUAGAAAGGAUCAUGGCCGCUGACCCAAUUCCUCGACAAUCUCGCCACGCGGCUCUAAACUCGGCCGAACUGCUGGGCCAACCAGAACCUCUAGGAACUGCAGCUGGCCCCUGCUGGCAGAACCGGGAACUGCAGGCAGAACCACUGGGUCAGAACUGCCUGGGACAGCCCUCAGACUGGUGUCUACCAGAACCAGACUGGACCGGUUCUCUAAUCUCUGCUCCCCCUCAGAGACCGGAGGAGUGUGCAUGGCCCCUGACCCGCGGGCCGCGGCGCCGCCAUGGUUCCGGCCGUGAGGCCGUUCUUUGGCAUCCAGCCGGUUCUGACCAGGUGAGGCCCAGGUAGAGUCCGGUUUUGUUUGUUCUGAUUAAUCAGCCUGGAGGUUCUGGAAGAGACAGAGGACGGGUUCUGGAGACUCCUGACUGAGCCGGUCCGACUGACUGGACGGAACCAGAACUGCAGCUGUGGUACCAGUGGUGAAGAUGCUGGUGCGGUCCAACACCGGUUCUGGACCAGGUUCUGGACCAGGUUAGGGUCAGGUUGCUGUGGGAAGGAGCAGCAGAACCUGUUUGGAUCAGAACCUUUCCCUGAUGACCUGGCCCAGUCCAGGAGUUCUGAGCGGUCCAGAACCAUCUCUGACCCAAUUGGUUUUUGGAGUUUUUUAUGGUUUCAGACUCGGGUCAAUGUUUGGGUUGUCUGAACCGGUUCUGACCCGGUUCUGUCUGUGGUUCUGAUCCGGUUCGCUCUGGUUCUGCCUCUGGUUCCGACCCACCGGGCCAGCAGCACCAGCUGGUUUUUGGGUAGCAGAGUUCUGCUGGGCUCUGGUCCAGUCAGGGCUGACCCGUGUGACCCGGUUUGGUCGGCGCCGCUGCAGCAGCUGGUGAAUCAGCUGAUCUGGAGGUUCUUCCUCCUCCUCAUCAUCAAGGCAGCAGAUUAGAUUAGAUUAGAUUAGAUUAGGAUCCUGAGACGCAGCCACACCAGAACCAGAACUCCUCCCAUCUGGACCGGUUCUGCCUCAGUCUGAAAGCAUCUCCAGGCAGAACCUCAGCCGGGUUCUGAUCAGAUGGACAGAAUCCGUAAGGAAUAAAAUCAGCUCAUUGGUUCAGAGGAGUACCAGAACCGGACCGGACCGACCCAGCAGAUGUAAAUGUUGGCGCUGCCUGACCCCAACGACCUCCCUGAUGUUCCUAAUCAAAGUCCGUAAAGGAAUCCGCCGGGUCUCGUCUCCCUAAUCAGAACCAGAACAAAACUGAUUCCCAGGUUCCCUAGCGUACGCUACGAUGUACUGGGAACAUACUGGGAACAUACUGGGAACAUACUGGGAACAUACUGGGUAGAUACUGGGAACAUACUGGGAACAUACUGGGAACAUACUGGGAACAUACUGGGUAGAUACUGGGAACAUACUGGGUAGAUACUGGGAACAUACUGGGAACAUACUGGGAACAUACUGGGUAGAUACUGGGAACAUACUGGGUAGAUACUGGGAACAUACUGGGUAGAUACUGGGUACAUACUGGGAACAUACUGGGAACAUACUGGGUAGAUACUGGGUACAUACUGGGAACAUACUGGGUAGAUACUGGGAACAUACUGGGUACAUACUGGGUACAUACUGGUUGUAGUCUGAAAAUCUUUGGAAUCCUCUGGACUUGAUAAAUUGGUAGAAAAGUUCAUUUCCAUUUCAGCAGAGAAUCCCUCCAGCUGUUCCCUCCAGCUGUUCCCUCCUUAAUGUUCCCUGCUGUCCCCGUCAGGGGAGGUUCUCUGUGGGAACCCGGUCAGCGGUUCCCUCCGCAGUUCUCUACUUCACCGGGGACGGAGCCUUCCGGUCCGAGGACGGGUUCUACCAGAUAACGGGUUGGAUGGUCGACAUCAUCGACACCGGCUGGGGACGGCCGAGAUUGAGGACGCUCUAGUAAGAACCGGGUCCAGAACCAGAUUCUGAAGAGUUCUCCGGAUGGUGGAUGGGAUCCAAACAGAGAUGGAACCAGUUUGGGUCCAGUUAGAAUCCUGGACCCAGUCACUGAGGCCAGAACAGAACCUUAAUAAGUAAAGGGUCUAACUCAUGAGAAAAAAGAAGACUCCACCCAUCCAGAACACCGUGGAGGGCCCCAUAUGGGUCUCACAUGGUUUUGUCUGUGGUUUCCAUGGCGACCCCAUAUGGGGCCCUCUGCAGUUCACUGGCUAGAAAUGAUCAAUAAACAAAGAAAGAGCAGCUGUAGAGACCUUGAGGAACCAGAACCAGAACCGGGUCAGCCCCUUGAACUGGUCCAGGAAGCAGAACCUCCUGUUGGGUCGCAGGAGGUUCUGAAGUUCUGAGGUUCUGACCCGGUGUGAACGUGGAACAGCAGUGCCCUCUGGUGGCCGCUGGACUGAACAGAACCGGCUGUGAUCGGAACACGCAUGACAUCAAAGGAGAAGGUGAGACACACCUGGGCCCUUUCACAAUAAAAGCCUCUUCUGGUAGAAACAGAACCGGCCUGGGCCAGCUGGUCUGGUUCUGCAGAAUCUUAGCUUAAAUGCAAACUGAACCUGCAGUUAAAGGCUUUGCUGCCCCCUGCUGGUCAUUCAGUGCAGCUCUCAAUUCGGUCACAGACUCAACUGAGAGGUUCUGAUGGGUCCAGUUUAAGAUCAACCUGAAGUUUGAUCCGUUGUCUGAAUGGAAGGUUGCAGAUGCUCAAGAGUUUGUUUAAUUAUUUCAUAAAGAUUAGAAAUGAGUAACUUAACAUCCUGUCCUAAUCAGAACCACAACAAAAACAAAGAAGAAUGAUCAGCUGUUUUUAAUAAACCUAAAUUUCAAAUGGAUUCUGCUUUAGAAUAAACACCAAACCCACUCUCUUCAAUAAAACACUUUUGGAUAUUUCAUGAAUAUCUUUCAAUAAUAAUAAUGAAAAUUCUGCGGCUAAAAGCUCAAAAACAUUCGAAUUCAUUCACAAAAAAGAAAAAGAAAAAGAAAAGUGUUGGGGCCCAAAAAACGUCAUCAGACUGCUGGUUGAUGACAUCAUCAGGUCCAGUCUGUACUGGAGUCUUCAGAGGAAACAGGAAGGCUGAAUUUACCCAGGAGUUGUUGAUCAUGUUGCGUUUGACUGCUGUCACUUUCUUAGGUUAAAAUUAAUUUUUUGCCAUGUUAUGGAUGAGGAACGGAUAAUUUCAGGUGGCUAAAAUAAAUGGUUUCCUUCCUUUAACUUUGGCAAAUAAUGACGAAAUGUCACUAAAUCCAUAGAAUUUGUUGUUGAUGAUGAGAGGAAUAAACACAGUUAAAGACUUGCAGGGAAAUUAAUUUGUUCCCAUUUUAUGGAGGAGGAUCAGAUUAUUUCAGGCAGCUGAAAUAUCCUUUCUCUCCUCUCCCAUAACUCUGAGAAAUAAACAGCAACUGUUUCCAAAUUCUCAAAAAUUGUUAUGUGUGAUAGCAUGUAGUAGAAAUGUCCUUAAUCCAGUAAUUUGUGAUAUUUUACAUUAGAACAGGAUUUACCAGAAAGUCUCAACUCUCGUCUUUCCAGGAAGUCUUCCAAAUUCCACUUGAUGCAGAUCUCGUAUUACGUUCUGAAGAACUUUUGUGUCCUGCUAUCAACAAGUUUCCAUCCCGUUAUAUCAGCAAUGAAAAAUUAUAAAUACACACUACGUGUUGGAAAACUGAGUUUGGUGACGGACUGUUUUCCUUACACACAUUUACAAUCUGUAAAUCUUAUCUGCCAUUAUUUAUCUUGUAUUAUAAACCCACUAAUACAUAUAUAAUCCAUUUCCUAACAUUCUUGUAUAAUCUGUGCAUAU